GAGAUGGCAUUGCUUAGCAACAUACUGGCAGCCUACACCUUCAUCACAGACCGACCCGAGAGGACGGCGCUGGUGUUUCUGGGUGGCGUGUCUGUCGGUCUCCUUGUCACCCUCUGUGCCGUCGUCUUCCAGAUACACUGCCGCGCCGAUUGUCACUACGGCAACAGUAAACACCCUCGUCAUCACCACCGUCACCGGCGUCACCACCACCACCAUCAUCACGUCUGUCGGCACCAUCAGCGGCACAUCGAGGCCAACCCCGACGACACGGCCGACGCCGAAUCCGAGGAUUGGGACGAGAACGCGGACAUGUCAUCGCGGAGACGCAGGCGCUUUGAGAGGGCAUUGCUUCAUGCCGGCAUGUUUACAUCAGCUGAGGAACUGGAUCGGGCCCAGCGGCUAGAGGAGCGGGAAAGGAUCCUGAGAGAGAUCUGGAUGAAUGGACAGCCAGACAUCAGCACAGUCACACAGAGCCUCAACAGAUAUUACUGA